UGUGAAAACUCGGGCCUAUUAUCCUGAAAUGUCAAUGUUUUAAAUUGUACUUGUCAGCAUGGAAAUAUUCUGUGUAAGAUAUUAUAUCAUUGUGGGUUUAUGGCUUUUGGGCGUACUUGCGCCAGUGGUUCGUCUGGAAACGGAAGAGCCAAAGGACAUCGAGUUCAUUAUCCUGCACAACAAUGAUAUGCACUCUAGAUUCGAACAGACAAACGCAAGAUGUGGAAACUGUCUGAUGGAGGAUGCUCGUCAAAAUAAAUGCUAUGGAGGCUUUGCCAGAGUGGCUCAUAUUGUUAGAAAGUACCGCAAAGAAGCUCAAGCUGGGGGUACUCCAGUUAUUUAUCUGAAUGCCGGAGAUACGUAUUCGGGAAAAUCAUGGUUUACGAUUUACAAACACAAAAUUGUCAGCGAUUUCCUCAACAAACUAUCCCCGGAUGCCAUCUGCCUGGGCAACCAUGAGUUCGAUCAUAAUAUUCAGGGUCUAGUACCUUUCUUAAAUGCCGUCACUUUUCCCGUCGUGGCCUGCAAUCUCGAUGUGAGUAGGGAACCCAAUUUGGCCGCCUCCAAGCAACUGUCCAAGUCCACCAUCUUGAAUGUUAAUGGUGUAAUGGUUGGUAUAAUUGGCUAUAUCACACCUGAUACCAAAUUCUGGACACCCAGAAAUUCUGCGAAAUUCUUAGAUGAAGUUGUUUCCAUUAACGCUGAAGCCGAACGACUCAAGGAAAAUGGAGUUAAUAUAAUCAUUGCCUUGGGUCAUUCUGGUUACGAGAAGGAUAUGGAAAUAGCCAAGGACUGCCCCGAAGUGGACAUUGUGGUAGGAGGACACUCGCACACCUAUUUGGAUGCCAACAAGCCGGUGGCCAGGCUCUCUGACACUAAUCCCGAGGCGGUGCGAGGUCCUUACCCCACCACAGUGGUUCAGGACAGUGGAAAGAAAGUGCCUGUGGUUCAAGUGUACGCUUUUACCAAAUACAUGGGCUUCCUUCGUGUGAAGUUCGACAAGGAGGGCAAUCUUGAGGAGUUCAGUGGCGCUCCAAUCCUGUUAGGUCCUAAUAUCUCUGAGGAAAUAGAUGUUCUGUAUUUAUUGGAAGAGUAUCGUCCUAAAGUUGAAGAGCUGGAGAAAAGGAUUAACGCCAAAAUGGGAGAUACUAAGUUACUUCUCAAAGCGGCGACCUGCAAGGAGGAAGAGUGCCUCCUGGGAAAUUUCAUGACGGACGCCAUGGUCUAUGCCCGUAUGUUGGAGGACAAGGGCGGCAAGUACUGGACAGAUGCACCGAUCGCCUUGUUACAUGCAGGAGCAAUAAAAGGUUCAAUAUCUAAGGGAACCAUUAGUGCCGAUACUAUAAACAGUGUUCUGCCAGAGGUAGAGGAUCUGAUGGUCAUUCAGAUGAGUGGAGAGAUACUUUGGAAAGCCCUCGAGUACUCGGCCGAAGUGAGGUUGCAGGCGAACAAGGAUGGAUUCCUUCAGGUGUCUGGUCUGAUGGUCACGACCAAUUUUAGGGGUCCAAAAGGCAAGAGAAUCGAAUCUGUGAAUAUAUUGUGCGCCGAAUGCGAAGUUCCCGCCUUCGAACCCCUCGACGAAAGUUUGACCUACAACGUGAUUGUUCCAGCUUCCCUCGUGAAUGGCUGUGAAGGACACGAUUUUGGUCAGGACGCGAAUUCCACGCAGAAGAAAAUGCGUUGGAAUAAUAGGAAAGCUAUCAUGGAAUAUGCAAAACGGUGCAAUAUUGUCAUUGCGGAGAUCGAGGGGCGUCUCGGAGAUAAGUACUCCCAAACCUCAAUAGCAUCCGUUAUCGUAGUCUCUAUAAAAAAUAUAAUAUUUUUAUAUUUGCUAACAAAAUUGUUGUAGAUUUGUGUAGGUAUUCUUAAUUUUAAUAAAUUUGUAAUGUUUUUGAACUCUA